AUGUCCUUGAUAGUGUCGUGUACGAUCAAUUAUUACGUUAUCGAAGAGGUUCAGAUUUCUUGUUUCAUGAAGAAGUUACAGGCUAUGUCGAAUAAAACUGGGAUGAGUAAUCAUAUGGAAAAGGCCUAUUGUACGCUUUCAGAAAUAAUUCCAGAAAACAUCAAUACCGACAAGAAAAUAAAGACAGAUUCGUAUAAAAUUGUGACGAAUAGCUAUCAGGAAAAGCCCAAUCGUCUAUUUCCAGGAAUGAUUCCAGUUUUUUAUGCAGAUCCCCCUUACACUCAUGAAUUAGUACGAGAACACGAUGAUAAUCACUUGAUUUAUUUAUCACCUGUGAUAAGACUUGAACCUGAUGGCUACCAAUUUAUGUCUCAUCCAUCUUUUCAUGCUAUUUUACAGAUACUAAUUUAUGGUAGCAAUGAGUUAUUUCAGUAUUUUUCAAUUAAUUGCCUUCAAGAUUUACAAUUAGAAUUAGCUCAACGAAACGUAACUGAUGAAAAUUGGACAAUUCAAAGUAUCGAAAAGGAAUGGAUAUCCGUAUCUGCUCGAGAUGAUAAAUAUCUUAUUGCUAUUCCUAUCUAUCAUUUCUCAGACUAUGCUAUCUAUUUUAAAUCAGCAUUUUCCUAUCUUUGCCAAGCGGAUAUUUCCAUCCUAUCAGCAAGAAGUUACUGCUGUGGCUUAUUUAUCUAA